UAAAACACGACACAAUGGCCGACGAAGAGGACCCAAAGGAGUACCGCUGGGAGACGGGAUACGAAAAAACAUGGGAAGCCAUAAAAGAAGACGACGAUGGGCUGAUCGAGGGCUCCGUGAGCGACAUCAUUCAGAAGGCAAAGCGCAAGCGGCAAGCAAUGAAACGAGGCUUCAGCAAGCUCGGUAUGAUGCGUCAUCUGUACGUUCUGCUCGAUUGUUCCGAAGCCAUGACGGUGCCGGAUCUAAAGCCAACCCGGUUCAUAUGCUCGCUGAAGCUACUUGAACUGUUUAUAGAGGAGUUUUUCGAUCAGAACCCUAUCUCUCAGCUUGGCGUUAUUGCGAUGAAGGCAAAGCGAGCGGAAAAGAUCUCGGAAUUAGGCGGUAGCUCGAGGAAGCACAUUAAAGCGGUUCACGCGCUUAACAGUGGUGUCCAGCUGGUCGGUGAACCAUCGCUUCAAAAUGGUCUGGAGCUAGCGCUGAAGACGUUGCGCAUGAUUCCACAGCACGCUAGUAGAGAAAUUUUGAUCAUCAUGGGAAGCUUGACCAGUUGCGACCCCAACGAUGUGCAUUUGACGAUUGAAAAUCUUAAAACCGAAGGCGUUCGAUGUUCCGUACUUUCUCUCUCGGCUGAGAUCCGUAUCUGCAAGUUCCUGUGCACCGAAACCGGUGGCUUGUUCGGUGCCGUGCUAGACGAUGCCCACUACAAGGAUCAGCUGCUGCAGCACAUCGAUCCACCGCAGGCAGGCAAUCAGCAGGAAUUUUCGCUCAUCAAGAUGGGCUUCCCACACGGCAAGACAGAAUCGGGCAAGGAACCACCGUUGACGAUGUGUAUGUGCCACAUUGAUAGUGCCGAUGAGCCAGCCAAGCUUACCUCGGGCGGAUACCAUUGUCCCCAGUGCUACAGCAAGUACUGCGAACUGCCGGUGGAAUGUUCAGCGUGUGGGUUGACAUUGGCUUCAGCGCCCCAUCUUGCGCGCAGCUACCAUCAUCUGUUUCCGGUACCGCAUUUCAACGAACUACCAUUGGAGCAGGUGCAGGUACAGGAACCACGGAAUCCUCCCGUAACCAAUUGUUACGCCUGUCAGAAAACGCUCGCCAUAGGCACGGAUAAAAUGGUGUACGAGUGUGGUGCCUGUCAGCAGGUGUUUUGCAUUGAUUGCGAUAUUUUUAUACACGAAACGUUACACUCGUGUGUUGGCUGUACUACGAUUCCGGCCUCCGCACAAAGUUUACAGGCGCGCAAACCCGUGCCACCACCGCACAGUUUAUCCGUCAUUUAAGCGAGCGU